AAAAUGCCAAAGAAAAGCACAGCAAAGAGUGUAAAGAGAGGAAGCAGUGAUAAUGAUGAGCAGCUCCCUCCUAAACAGAGCAGGUUAAAGCACAGUGACAUCCCAUCACCCCUGUGCUUCAACAGCCCUUUCAGCCUGUUCGAGAGCCUCAUCCAGCCCAUGGGUACAGAGCAGUUCUUCAGGGAGUACUGGGAGAAGAAACCCCUCCAUCUCCAGAGAUCUGAUCCCAGCACAGCCUCCUACUACCAGUCUUUGUUCCAGCUGUCUGACCUGCAGAGCCUGUGCUCCAACAAUCUGGAAUACUACAGGGACAUCAACGUUGUUCGCUGCAUCAAUGGCAAGAAAAAGGUGCUCAACAAGCAGGGGCAAGUUAAGAACAGUGCACUCCGUAAAAACUUUGUUCAGAAUAAAGCCACCAUCCAGUUCCACCAGCCCCAGAGGUUCAAGGUGAGAGUGCCUUCAGCAAAGGGGAAAUCAUGGCUUUGUUUCUCUUGGGACAAAUGAUGCUAAUGUCAGUCUGUCUGUAAGUUACUCAUUUACUCUGCAUUCCUUAAAGCUGCCUCCACCUGGGGUUUGAACCAGGAACCCUCGGAGUUUGCAUGUUUUCCCCGUGUCAGUAGGUUUUCUCCGGGUACUCCAGCCUCCUCUCACAAUCUAAAGACAUGCAGGUCAAUUGGUGACUCUAAAUUGGCCAUAGGUAUAAAUGUGCAUGUGAAUGGUUGUCUGUCUCUAUGUGUCAGCCCUGUGAUAGUCUAGGGCAGAGGUCUUCAACACGGGGUCGGUUUAUUUCAACCCGUUUCCUAUCG